AUGGCCAGCACAGUACUGGAUGUGGUAGGAAACGUGGCCAAGGCGUCGGAUAUGCUCGCUCCUCUCAAGGCAUACGCCGCCUGGAGCAAUAUAUGGGCUGUCGAGAGCCAAAUCGAUUCUCUCGAAAAGUAUCCUCCUGAGGAUAGGGCUGUCGACGAGGCGUUCAGCCAGCCCCUCAUUCAUUAUGUCGAACUUCUCGAGGAUAUUCAUUGCGCCAUUGUCAAUGAUGCGCAUAACCGACGCCGCACCAGCCGCAAUGCUUUUACAGCCAUCGGAGAUGUGAGGAUCGACGCUGGGAUGAUUGUUAAAUUCAAUCAAGAAAUCGAGGACCGACAUAGGCAAUUCAUGGCCGCUUUGGAUCUGUUCAUUGGACACCGCGUUCAGGUCAUCGAACGGAAUACCAAGGCCACCAAGUCGGACGUCGAUGCAUCUUUCAUAUUCCAACUCCCCAUGGUGGCAUUCGUCCCAUCCUCGGUACACACCACCUGUCUACAAGGCACACGUCAGGCUGUUCUCCAGACAAUCCGGAACUGGGCCGAGGACGAUACUUCGGAUAAGCCAAUAUUCUGGCUUUACAUAGCUGGCUCUGGCAAGUCCACGGUCGCAAUUUUCUUUUCAAUGUCCAGUAACGAUACGUCGACCACCGAAAAGUUCUGUUCGACUAUGGCAAGAGAUCUUGUCCAUCACAUUCCAGAACUCGCACCGCACGUCGCCGAUACUGUGAAGCGAAAUCCUUCGAUCAUGCGAAGCUCACUUGAAGAACAGUUCCGCACACUCAUCACCGAUCCACUCCGCCAUCGACAGGAGCCGAAGGGAGCUUUCGACACGCUCGCUAAAGCCGUUCAAGAAAGCAGGAACGUCAAGAUCUUCAUUACGAGUCGGCCAGACCCUGUCAUCGAAUCAGUUCUUCGGCCACUCUCGAUCAAAUCUAAACUGGAAGACCGUCUCCACGAUAUCAAACAUCGUGACAACGUGGAUGACAUCGCGGCCUAUGUCCACCAAUCACUCUACACCGUUCUGCCCCAGGACAAGAGGCAACGGCUGAUUGAGAAGUCGAGCGGAUUGUUCAUCUGGGCCAGUACUGCGUGUCGGAUGCUCAAUAACGAGGCCACGUUGGAAAGCCACGAGAGGAUAUAUGAUCGCUUAAUCUCGGCGGACCAAACUGGAGAUAUAGAUGAUGUAUACAAACUCAUCCUCGAGCGCAUACCCCCAGAACACAAUGCCAUGCUGUGCAAUAUGCUCGCACUGCUGCUUGCUGCAUUCGAACCCCUACCGUAUACGAUCUGGACGACAUUCUCAACACACCGGAAUAGGCGGGAGUGCCAAGGCGUUGGUCCAAAGCCUUGGAAGCGUUCUUAUCGAGGACAAAACAACAAAAACCAUUCAAUUUCGUCAUCCUACUCUAGUCGAGUAUUUGCGACGUGCUGUAUCGCCCAAUCCCGAAAACCCGAACAAAGUCACAUCGACAUCCACAAUGCACAUGGGCAGCUUUCGUCGUGGUGUUUCAAUAAUCUCGAAUCACGAAAGGAAGGACUCAAGUUCAAUAUAUGCGAGAAUAUCAAGGUCUAUUCGAAGAAACCUUCGAUAUUCCAGUUUACAUUGGCCAUUUCAUAUAUUGCCCAAGCAGAUAUCGAGGAGAAGCAAGCUCGGAAAUAA